GACAAAGUGUGGAGUAACUUGCAGAAAAUAUCGAGUUAAACCACUCACCUGGCUGGGAAAUAAAAACUUUGAGGAGUUUCAAAGUUGUCCUUUUAAUUUAUUUUUUUUAUUCUCAGCCUAUUUGGGGUCGGCGCCGCCAUGGCUCUGUCCCAGGUCCAGUGUCUGGAUGAUAACCACAUCAACCCGCGGAUGCACGAGUCCAAGCCCGAGUUCUUCUACUGCGAGGAGCAGCGUGUGGCCCUGGAGGCGCUGCUGGACGGCGGGCGGGACGCCUUCUUCCAGUACCUGGAGAAGCGCGACCUGCGCCGCUUCCUGUCCGACCCGGAGCUGGACACGCUGCUCCGGGCGGCCGAGCCCUUCGAGCCGGGCUCGGAGCAGCUGUUUCUCCGGGGCGAGGACGAGGACGAGCCGACCCCGCUGUCGCUGCGCUACUGGCCGGAGCUGUCCGACACGUCCCUCCCGCGCAUGGAGCUGGGCUGGCCGGACUGCGAGGCCUACCGCGGGGUCACCCGCGCCGCCGUGUACGCGCAGCCCCCCGAGGAGGGCCAGGCGCACAUCAAAGAGGUGGUCAGGAGGAUGAUCGCUCAGGCCCAGAAGGUAAUAGCAGUGGCGAUGGACGAGUUCACUGACGUCGACAUCUUCAGAGAUUUACUAGAUGCUGCUUUCAGAAGGAGGGUGUCUGUUUACAUCCUGCUGGAGCGCUCAGCGCUGCCUUAUUUCCUGUCCAUGUGUCAGAGGGCCAGCAUGCAUGCUGGACACCUCAAGUAUCUUCGGGUUCGCUGCUCCGAAGGUGAAGAGUUCUUCACUCGAAGCAGCAGAAAGGUCAGAGGGCGAAUGAACCACAGAUUCAUGUUCAUUGAUGGAGACAAAGCCUUGUCUGGGUCAUACAGCUUCACAUGGAUGUCGUCCAGGCUGGAUAUAAAUCUCGUCACCGUGGUUACGGGCCAGGCUGUGGAGGCCUUUGACCACUUGUUUCGCUUCUUGUACAUGACUUCCAGUCAUGUCGACCUCCGGCAAGUUACAACAGCGCCUGAGCCUGAGCCGGACCCCCGGCACGAGCUUUCCUCUGUGAAGACUACUUCUGCUGCUGUUGCCAAGAGACUGAACACUCCCAUAUAUGCUCUGGUAGCUUUGAGCAGCCCCACCACUUCUGUUGGCAACAAUAAUGUCAAAGAGAACUCGAAGGAGGAGAGCCAAAGGAAAGUUAAAGAGGAGGCUGAAAAGGUUGCUCCUCCCCUCCAUCCUGGGCUAGCAAAUCUAGAGAAAGCAUGCUUAAUGACAUACCUGCCCACCUGGCCAGAACCUGACCCCCCAAGUGAUGUAAUAGGGUUCAUUAACAUUCGGGAUACCAACAAACCGAUUCAAGUCCAUCUGCAGCGCUCUGAGAUGUUUGAAACCAGCCAAGCAAUCAGGUUUAGCAGUCCAUUCAGCAAGCCACAGGAAGAUUUCCCAGAGGUCGCAAAGCCCAGGCAGCUACCUGCAGAAAAUGAAGCGAUAACUAAACUCCAGCAAGGACAAAGUAAAUUAAAAGCCGAACAGCUGGUAGAACACGGAGAACAGCCGGCACAGGAGUGUGAACUCGAAAAUAAAGACAAGGGACUUGAACAGAAAUCUCCCCCAUGUACCCAAAACUUUGAACUUGACAAGGACAAAACUGAGAAUAAACUCAAUUUAAAUACAGACACAAACCCAGAUGUGGGUCAGAGUAUAUCUUGCGCCAGUGCACAUACACAACCCCUUUCAAGUAGCGAGACACGCUCAGUUAAUUGCGAGAGCCCUUCACACAAAGCCCAAAAUGUCAGCCCUACAACUGGCUCAUCCCCAGAAUCAAACAGUGACAAAAAAGACAAAACUGUAACCAACUUAAAAACACAGAGCACUUUUGUGUGCAGAACACACACCCUGGACUCGGGCAGUGCAAACACCUCUCAACUGUCUGAUCCCACUGCCUCAAACACAGAAGAAACACAAGAAACACAAGAAACGUCUACGGUGUCACAUAAGGAUUCAUACACAAAGCCUGUUAACAUGCAAGCUGAAGUCGCCUCUGAAAUGACUCAUCACCUCCACACUCCCAGCGUCGACACGCUCAUUCCCACCUCCGUUGCUUCUGCAGUGCAUUCUGAGGCCUCCACAUUGCUCUCCAAAAGUAACCCCAUAAAAACGGUGCCCUCGAGCACAGCUACUAGUCCUGACACCUCUCUUCCCUCCACUCCCUCCCCGUCUUCCUUUCUUCCCCCUGUCGCUUCUUUCGAUAAAGUAAACCCCCCCCUUUCUUCGUCUUCCUCCUUUAAACCUUCUUUUCCAACCACAGCCCCUCCCAUCCCAAAACCUCGUACUGUCCUGCUGGUUAUCAAAGACAUUAGCGUUAGCAAUGGUCAUCCCCCGGAAGAGAUCAGUGUUGUUGGGAAGCCUGAGGCCAAUGCAGGGCAACAGGUGGUCCAAAGUGGGCCUACGGUGCACACAUCUCCAGUAGAAGAGCCUGAAAGUGCCUCAAAGUUGCGAGACAACAGUAACUAUCAAACAGAAGAUUUAAAAGACAGAGAAAACGCAAAUAAUCCCAAAGAAACUAACCAGGUAAAACAUGGCAUGAUCGUUCAAGAGGUGAUGGGUGAGGAAGUUGAUGUAGGACACGAUUGCAGCUCAAAAGCACAAUCAGAACUUCAAACGUGGUCGGAUGAUGUCAUCACUGGUGCACCGAAGACGGCCAGUGUGGACUUUCAAAAAACAAUCCCUAAAGAUGUUAAAUCCAACACUUUGACAUCAAUUGAUCCCAUCCCAGAGACGGACUGUGCGGCCGAAGCACCGACAGAUACCAAAACCUCAGAAAAAGUCCUGGCAGGCUGCACAUUUGCAAAAGAACCAAACGGGACAGGCUGCCAAAUUUAUUUCGCAAGGGCUCAUGAAUCUCAGAGAAUAUCAUAUGGUAAAUUAACUUCAAAUAAAUAUGUGUUAGAGAGUGAGAAAUCAAUAAAAGAUUGUAUUUACAAUUCAUCACACAACCCAUAUAGAUCCACAGAUGGUGCUGAUCUCAACAUGUUCAUAUCUGGUGCAGAAACACUCAGUCAGGAUGAUAAACAGCUCACAGACCACAUGGUAAAUAGUGGAAACCAUAACACAGACAGCACCUCUCACGAACAAACUCUGAAAGCACGAGGAGGCACCCACGCUCCUGGAGAAGCAAUUUGUGGACACAUCCCUGCUACACGUGAACUGGUCUUUAGUUCACUGAUCCCCAGGCAAGAAUUGCCCACACCUGCUGUACGAACUCCCUCUUCUGAUGGAGUUGUGUCACUCCCUAGGCCAGACUCACUAGCAAUCCCAACGGACCCGGAACCACACAAACCAGACUUAUUAACACCUGCAUCUGAUAUUAGUGAUGGAUACAUGUCACCAAGAGGAGAAUCCGCACUGUCCAGUACAUCUGAAGAGUAUUAUGAAUGUAGCAACUCUCCAUUGCUUGAGUCUAUUGUUGAUCAAAGAGGCUGUGACAAGCAUGCCCCACACUCUAAAACUCCUUAUGCUACCAACAGUGGCACAAGUCCUGCAUCAGUCCUGAAUUAUAGCCUUGAUGCUGCAACGUUAGACCAGGACACGUCUUCCAGUGAAGGAGAGACUUUGUCGGCGACUUCUGGAAGAUCUUUUACUUCUUUAAUUGAGAUUGUUGGACAAAAGAGUGAGCCAGAGGACACAAACGAAAACACUGGUAAAGCAGAGGAACAAAACGCAGCGGACACAGAAAGUGAGGUGGCGCAAAGAGUUAUGGAACGCUUAAAACAAUAUGGUGCUGCAGCAAAGUCGAUUAAAUACAAAAGGCCCCAGGCUCGGGAGAUUCCUGCAGCAGCAGCAGAUGGGCCGGCUGACGGAGGUGUUAUUGCUGGAGAACCUAACUGUCAGGGAACGACGCCGGAGCUAUUGCCUGCUGCUGAUCUUAGACAGGAGAUGGUUUCUUCUGAGAGAGAAAGGCCGGGCAAAGCAUCCUCGUGGCGGGAGAAGACACAGCUACACAAGUCUGUGAAUACUUUCACCCCCAAACUCCAGCGACGUCAGGAGCAGGACGGUGGGGCUCCUUCGUCUUCCCGGGCCCCGAGGUUCACUCGAAGCCUCUCGGCCUCUAAUUUUUCCGAAGCUCGUCCUUCUGGAAGCCGCGGGCUGAACCAAGCGGAAAGCAAGGGCCUCCACAGUAGCGUCACGGCCUUGGACGGUGCAAUAUCUCCUCGCAGACCAGCAUCUCCUCGCAGACCACCCCCUUCAGGAGCAGCGGGUCCUGCUGGUCCUGCGACUGGGCGGAAGCAGGUCUCCCCCAGUCAGCAAGGUCUCCCCCAACGGCCGCCUGCAGUCCCGCAGAUCAAGGCAAGACUUGGUCAGCCACAGAGUCGGACUCCUUACCCCAAACCCCCGCCCUCCUUUCUUCACACGCACUCGAACCGGCAGCCCCAGGUCCCACCUCAGUCCCCGACACAGGUGGAGUCUGCACCGGAAGCACAUGAGGAGAAAGGAAGGAGGGGUUCUUUUGGCUUAACCUUUAGCGGGUUUAAGGGCCUGAAGGACAAAAUGAGCAGAAUACCAACCGUGAGCAAGAGGGACUCCCGCUGCCCUCCAGCAAAGGGACGUAAAAGCUCCAGCUAGUGUCACGCCGUCAGCCAUUCUGCUAUGAGUUUUUCUAUAACUGAUGCUCAUCAGCAGCUGCACAAGACGAUGCUUAUCACAGGGACGGGCAAAGUGUGAUAUUUCAUUUCCUCGAAACGUAAUUUUGCUGAAUUUCACACUUUUACAACUCUUCUCGUGCUGACAUCAAAUGUCUUACAAGCUGGACUCAAAAAUACUUCCUUCAGGUGGUCGUGACCACCUACAAGAAUUGUGACUAACGAGACUGCUUGCAUAGUUGUUUUUUUUUGUUUUUUGAUUUAGAAUCAAGCUAAAUGUUAUCAUCUCAUUAGCUCAUAACACGAUAAACAAGCUGUUUUCAACAAAACCAGCAUAUUAUAUGACUCCAUCUCAAAGAAAAGCAAUAGUUCCUUCAACUUUGCAAUGGUUAAACAUUACCUCAGUGUUUUCUUAUUUGUCACUUCACUCAUUUUGGGAUGGUGUAAUGUGAAUUCUCUCUCUUAUUGUAUUUGUAAGUAGAUUCUGUGCAGUGGACUCCCUCUGCAUCUGCAGGAGGGCAGUUGUGUUGUGAAAGACAAUCUCCACUUGGUCUUUUGCAUGUAUAUACACUUAGUGAAGAUGCCAAUAAGUAAACAUUCAAAUGGUUUAACAUCACAACUAUUUUCCAUUGCAAAGAACAUGAAAGCAGUGUUCUUGUAUCGUUUCAGAUGUUAUUUUUGAUGCCUUCGUUUUAGCUAUUUAGUGUCUUUGCAUUGUUUGAUGUAUGUGACGGGACUAACGCGUCCAAGCUGCAGAUUUCAUCUUUCUUUACACCUAAUUCCAUUUAUGUUCAAAAUGCUUUUGGCUCGGAAAGCAAAGUCACCGUCCCUCUGUGACUAAAGCAAAGAAGAAAUCGUGUGUGGAGAUGAGCUGAAUAAAUUGAGGCCGGGUAGUGCACUGACUUUUUAAUUUCUAUCUGUAUUUAUUACACAGGAUAUGAAAUUUAAAAAAACAACAACAAAACAUUUAAACUGUAAAGUCUGGCCCUGUUUCCUCAGUGCACUGUUGCUUCACUGAGUAUUAAAGUUUAACUAAAGUACAUGCGAUUGGUCCGUGUUCUACUUUAUUAGUUCCUUCUCUGGACUUUUCGUAAUAACUUUAUCAUUUUCAAGAAGAACAUAAAGUUAAGAUGACUGUCAUGUCAAUGACAGUUACUGUUGCUUACAGUUUUAUUUAUAUAUGCUUCCGCUUGGGGACGUCAUCAGGAGGCACGGCAUCAACUUUCAUAGUUAUGCUGACGAUACACAGCUGUAUAUCGCCGUGUCUCCUGAAGACACAAAACCAAUUGAUACCCUUCUUAACUGUAUUUUAGAUAUAAAGUCAUGGAUGGGAGAGAACUUUCUACAGCUCAACCAGGACAAAACAGACGUUUUAAUUAUUGGUCCUGAAGCCAAGAGAGAGAAACUUUUACCAAAACUACAAGGUUUGAAACCAUCACAUUGUGUAGAGAACCUGGGUGUUAUUUUUGACUCUGAGCUGAAUUUUAUUCCUCAUAUCAAAAACACAACAAAAAUAGGUUUUUACCACCUUAAAGGUAUUGUGACAUGAAAAACACAUUUUUCUUGAUUUUUUGUGUUUUGUUGGGUGUCUUGACAUCAAUUACACCUAAAAAACAACAAACUUUUAACAUUCAGUGUAUUGUGUGCUUUCUGGGAUUUUCCGCAUAACUAUGCAAAAACGGCGCAUCUGGUUUGGUGGCGGAACGUGACGCCACGGCCCGCUAAAUCACCGCCCCCUCCACCCAGCUCCCUGCCUCCUCUCCUCUCCAGCGCACUAUAAAGGCUGAUUUAUGGUUCCGCGUUACACCGACGCAGAGAGACGCGCACCGUACGCUGAACCCUACGGCGUAGGCUCUGCGUCGAUUUAACGCGGAACCAUAAAUCAGGCUUAACACGGAGCUGUUUACAGCCUCUUUUGUUCUAAUCAUCGGAGGAAAACUGCUAAGAAGACCCGCGGCCACUGACUGGACUUUAGAUAAGGGGACACUGCUGCUUGCAUGCCUUUAUUUUUAUGAUUGUUUGCGGUGGACUGCUGCUUUUCCGUGCAUGCUUCGCCUGUCGCUCCCGGCUUAACUCUCCGACGCCGCUGUGAGCGUAUGGCUUGCGGGGAGCUGCGGUCCUCUGGUCCCGGUUGGACUUCAUCCCCGGGCUGUAGUCGCCCUGUCUGGGCUAUGUGUGUGGGUGUUUGUGGUUCGGUGUCCGCGCGUAUGUGUGGAGACGGCAGA